AUGCUGCCGGCACCCGAACCAAACAGAUCGCUUCCUUCAGCGUUCCUUUCGGAACAACCCGGAAGUUCUCGCCAACUCGACUUGAAUUUCGAAGGAAAGCGAUUAGAGCGUGUGCCGCACACUCAUCCGACCACAGGUGAAGAGUAUGACCCACUUGAGGUUCGGCGACUGAAUCUUAGCAAAAAUAACCUCAUUCAUAUUGAGUGCCUACCAGCAUUUGCAAAUUUAGUUAGUAUUGAUGUUUCAAAUAAUGGUUUAUCAGUUCUACCAGAAGAUGUCGGUUCGAUGGUUCAUUUACGGACCCUCGCGGCACGUAACAACCUUCUUGAAGAACUGCCAAAAUCCAUGACGAAUCUGGAGCAUAUGGAAGCUCUAUAUUUGUCCGGUAAUCGUUUCGAGACCGUACCGCCGCCUGUAUUCAGCAUGUAUCGUUUACGGGUACUUCAUUUGGGUGGAAAUCGUAUCGAAACUGUACCGUAUUCCAUUGGAAGCAUGGCUAAAUUGGAGAUUCUCUAUCUUGGUGGGAAUCUUCUUCGGGAUGUACCAGCCACUAUUGGGCGGCUUCAGAAGUUGUCGUCACUGUCGUUGUGCGAUAAUCAACUCGAGACGAUUCCAUCCACCUUUGGAGAGCUCAGGAACCUCGAAAGUCUAUCGUUACAUAACAAUGUAUUAAAGACACUGCCAACGGAAAUCGUCAAGCUCCGUAAUCUACAGCAACUCAGCCUCCGUAACAACCCCCUAGUUCAUCACUUUGUUCACAAUAUGCAGUUGGAGCCACCAAAACUGAAAGAACUAGCUGGACGUAUCGUGCGAUUGAAAAUGUCCAAGAUUCCCGUCAAGGAAGUGCUACCAAGGGAACUCAUCACAUAUCUGAACUCAGCGAAUCAGUGUGUGAAUCCGAAAUGCAAGGGGGUCUACUUCGAAGCAUGCGUUGAACAUGUGAAGUUUGUCGACUUCUGUGGAAAGUAUCGGGUACCAUUGUUACAAUUCUUGUGGUGA